CCACCGCAUCAUCGCCUCGUAUCAACACCUCGCAGGGAUACGUAAGGUAGGAGCCGGAGUGACAUCAACUGGGAAUCAUCCUCUGCUCAAUUGACUACAUACACAGGCAUAAAUACCGCUAUCGCAACUCUGUUAUCAAAAUCCAACUCAGAAACCUACGAACGAACAUUAUCAUCAACCUAAACCAAUACCAACCAGCCAAACCACCAAAAUGGCCCACAACACCAACCCCGGCAACUUUUCCAACCGCCCCCACGAGGAAGUGCAAAACAUCGCCCGCAAGGGCGGCCAAUCCAGCCACUCUGGCGGUUUCGCCAGCAUGGACGAGGAUAAGCAGCGCGAAAUCGCCUCGAUGGGCGGCCACGCCUCCAGCGGCAGCUUCCAGCCGGGCGACCCGCGCGCCCGCGAGGCAGGCCACAAGGGCGGGCAGCACUCCGGCGGCAGCUUCGAGCCCGGCGACCCCCGUGCCCGCGAGGCCGGGCGGAAGGGCGGCUCCCGCACCGCGGACACCCCGGAGGAGUAAGAGGCUCAAAACCCAUCCACCCCCAACGUUCGAUUGUACAAGGUUGGGGGGAUUAUGACGUGAUGCUCGAUUGCGAUGUGAAAUGAUUUGAUUGGAUUAUCCCGUCCUGCAUGGAAUGAAGUCGAACGAGAAUGGGAAACUGAAUGUACACUAGUUUUGAGAAUCGUGAGUGGCAAAUGGUGGUGGAUAUGUUUACAUCGAAUGAACAAAGUACGAAGGUGCAGUACAGUACACCACUU